AUGAGACUUACCAGCCUAAUAUUGAUUCGUCAUUCAUUACGGCUGGAUUGUCUUUCGCCUGAAAGUUUGGUUCAGCUAUUAGAACAGCUACUAGACGAUGAGCUCCUGGGAGCUUUUAGUCGGCAGCAUGGAUUUUCAUCACCAGUGGAGAACUAUGAUGGAUUGUACCAGCUGUUAGUUAAGAUCCUUGUCACGCAAAAAUGUCUUGAAAAAUACAUGGAAACCAUCAAUAACACUCAGUUCAGUAAACUACAUAAGUUAUACGAUGUUUUGUCUAAUGAUCCUGGAUAUUCGAUCACGCAGGAGUUCAUUUCCACCAUCAAAACACAGGAUCAACGUGAUACCUUGGGGGUUUCUCUGAUCGACCACCCAGUGACCCAAUUUGGUGACUUGGCGUAUAAGCAAUGUUACUUAUUGGCAAAACACUUAUUUUCUGGGUUAAGAACCAGUCUCUCAGGAUCUCAAAAGCCUAUCAAGUUUUGUAUCCACUCAUCUCCGUACAAGCGCUGUUUGCAAACCACCCUCUAUACCAUAGAAAAUUUGAAAACUCUUAUUGAUCAAGAAAAAAUACAACAACCGGUGGAAUUCAUGAUCAGGAUCGAUAAUUUUCUUAGUGAAUAUUAUUAUAAUGAUUAUUUUUUCAAACUUGCACUGUCGGACAAUAUCCCAUUUUCUGCCAAUGUGAUUACUAAUGAUGGUAAGUGCGACCGUGUUCAAAAUACCCUUGUGGAAUCUAAUGAAUCAUGGCUCUGUAAUGAGUUAAAAAAUCGUGAGAAUAUUAGUUAUGAUAGCAAUUGGGAGAAGAAUAGAUUAGGAGAUUAUGGCUCUUUCAACGAUAAUUUGGAUAACUUCACCACUCGAUGCCUAAAUGGCGCCUGCAAUUUGAUCGAUUAUUAUACUGAAGAAAACCAAGAGGAAUCCUCUGAUACUGUUAAUAUUUGCUUGGUGAUAACCCAUGGAAGCUUAAUAAACAAUUAUUUGAAUAAUUAUGGCAACGCCACUCGCCAAAAAUCACACAAAGAAUAUAAUUUCAUCGACAUACCUCCGAGCUCGUUUAUCCUUUUGGAAAACAAGGCGAAAAUUGCCACAGCGGAAAAUUCCAGUACCAAUAAACAAUGGAAUUUGGAGUAUUCAAAUAUAAAUUUCCCUUGCUUCAGCAAAAUCAACCCCGAUCAUCAAGAUCUGAACUUCAAUUAUGACAAAAUCAUUGAUUUCGACGUUUUCAAGAAUCCUACCAGUUACCCAGAACCAGAAGAUUACGUUUUGGUGGAAAAGAACUCAAGUUCCCAUACCUUGGUUAAUGGACUCGAGGUCCCAGUGGAUGAAUCUAAAAGACAUCGGAAAAACACCAUUUUGACCACCAAUGACCCCAAAGAAAUCAACAAGCCAAUUAAAUACACCAAUGAUGAAGCAACUGAAAAGGCCGAUAAAUUAGCUGAUUCGCUGUUAGCCAUUGGGGGUUAUAAUUUUGCUCAACAGAAUUUGGCCAAUGAGGAUAAUAAUAAUAAUCAAAAUAAUUUUAGAAUGACUAAUGGUGUGGUAUUUGAAAAAUCGGUAUCUCUGCAAACAUCCCUCCAUAACGAUAAUAAUGAUGAUGAGUUUUAUACCAUCAAUCCAAGAAACUUCAAUUUUGACAACGUUAUCAGUACUGCUAAAGACCGCAACCGGAAAAGCGUUGAUCUAUCUUCCAGUAAUAGUUUUUUGAAAAGUAGAUUAUCCUCGUUUAGAUUGAAUUGGAAUCGCACUUCGUCUAUCAGCACUUCUAAAUCGUUCCAAGACCGCGGCGGGCUAAAUCUCAAAGGUCUUCAAGUUGAUGUCAAUAAUAGAAGACGAUCUAAAAGUGCUGCUUUUUAUUUGGGUGGGGAUAGUGAUGAUUCCGAUAGUGAUGGUUCUGAAAGUGAUAAUGAAGCGGAAUUGGAUUAUGCCGAAGAUAACAAGAGUAACCCAGUGUCUCCUACAACCCAGAAGAGUCAAGAAUUACCAACUUCUGUGGAAGUACCAACAAAUUCUAUUCCUUUGAAAAUACCAACUAUUGUUGAAUCUCUGGAUGGGGAUGACAUCAACUUAGUGGUGCCGGGAGCUUCUAAUGAAACAUUAAAGCCACUACCUGCAAAAAAUUAUCCUGGUAGUUCUGCUGAUGAUAAAAUUUCUGCUAGUUUUAAAGAAUUACGGAAAAAUGAUAAGACAUACCGCCCAGAAAUGAUUGUUGAAUCGUCAGAUGACGACUUGGCAGAAAAUUAUUUGGGCCUUGGAAACAAUGACUCGGAGGAUGAAUAUUGCGAAGAUGGCAAUGGAGUAUUCAAUGGAGUAUUUAAGGUCAAAGAUAAUAGAAGUACUGGGGAUAUCAUUGGAUUGCAAAGUGAAGUGGGCAAAAAAGAUCUAGAGCAAUUCAUUGACAGACAAGGUAGAUCGAGAUUCGAGACGAUUAGUUUACCAGUAGAAAAGAAGCUUCAUGGAAGCACCGGCAAUGUCUCGAGUGAUUCAGGAAACGAUACUUCGGAAAUUGUUGAGCCAACUACCCCAAAGUGGGCUAGUGAUCGUGCGGAAUAUUUGUGGGAUAGCAUAGCCUCAAAGACGGUGACUGAUAAAGAUAAUGGUAAGGAUCGUGGUAUCGGUACUAAUGAAUCAUCUUUUGUAGAUUCGGGAGAAAAAGCUACCAAGGACAGUCCAACUAAUCAUAAUAAAAUCAUUUUAAUCAAGAAUACCAAUAGUUAUAAAUCAUUGAACAUUGAGGCGCCGAAUCAUGAAUUGGCGAAAAAACAACUGGAAAAAUCCACGGUACAAAAAACCUCUAUUCUCAAACAAAAGAAUAGAUUGAAGAAAGAAGUUGACAAAGGAAUUCCUAACCAACCGGUAUUCCGGCCAUAUUUCACCAGUCCGAUUUAUGACAAUUUCUUUGAAUCUCUAAAUUCUCAUGGAUCAGGGUUAUUUCCCGAUCCGAAAAUCGGCACCAAAGAGACCGCUGGUAGGAGAACGAGAUCGAAUUCCCGGGCCGUUACUCCUAUUAAUUCGUUGCCAGGGGAUUCCAAAACUACUAGUGUGAAAUCCACUGAUGACUAUUUGGGAUUUACCGAUGACACAUUGUUAGAUGAUCUUUAUGAAGACUCUUUGAUGCAUCCGAGCGUUAAUUGGAAUAAGAAGCUCAAUCAUAAUAGUAUCAAAAAUGCAUUAUUGAUUGAAGAUUUCAAGACCAAGAAGGGGAAAAAACCUCCAUCGGUUACAAGAUACAAGGACCAAGUGUGGGAUAAUAAGGAGGAUAAGAUCAUUUUUGUGUCCAAUUCCAAUAAAACCAGUCGUCAUGAUAUAUUUUGA